AUGAGCGAUCUAGCGGCAAACGCAUGUUUUGACGCAUUAUCGGUGCUGAACAAUGUGCAGCUCGUUGAGAAUGUGUGCAGCAUCUGCGGGGCUUCGCAUUACACCCAAAACUGCCCAGAGUAUGCCAAAGGAGAUCAUGUUAAGGAUAAGCCGGCGCUUAACCUUUCAAGGUCGUCGGUCCCGAACGGUCUACUGAUAAUGGACAGCCAUGCGGGCAGCUGUGUCGUCACGUCGCAAAAGUUUGCCAAGGGAACCCGGUUCGGUCCGCUGCUCGCCCAGAAGUCUUACGUCCCGAUCAAGAAUAUUCCAUUUCCGCUCGUGUUGUUUGCGGGCCCGUACUACCAGCAGGACGAGUACAGCAGCGACCUGCAGCCACUGCUCAGCGGUACGCGCAACAUCUACCUAGACACACGAAACGAAUCAAAAUGCAACUGGAUGAUCCACGUUAACCUGGCACGGUAUUCCAACGAGCAGAAUCUUAUUUGUUAUCAGGAAAACGACGAAAUCUACUACACCGCAAUAAGGGACAUCGAAUUGGGGGACAUAUUACGGGUGUGGUACUCCCGCAACUACGCCGCCAAGAUCGGUGCCUCAAUGUUAGAACCCAGCUCGUACGAUAUCUGCACAAACAUACUCCGAUCGGUCAGUAUGGAUUACGGUUUCGAUUUGGAAAAGCAUCAGAGCAACAACUUCCUGGAUGAUAUUUACAUCCGUCCAACCGUUACCGUGGGUAGCUGUGGGAGUACCGGGGGCGCACAUAGCAUCAUAUCGCAAUGCAGUACAGCUAGCAGCACCAGCACUAUGGCUGCAAAUGGAAAUCCCUGCUCUUCCACCAUGGUGCUCUCAUCUUCCUACGACGAUCGAACGUUGCUGCAGCACGGUUUAGGAUGUACCAACGGUAGAGGCGAAACACUCGAUAUAGAUAACAAUAACAACAGCAGCAGUUUCUGCAUGGACACCGAAAAUGGUACUAUAGCGAAGGGGGAGAGUAGUGUAGGAUCUCCCGGUUCCACGACGAUGACAUACGACACGGUAUCGUUACCACCGAUCGAUAGUCUGAUGAAAACGACAUCGCCAAAAUACUCUACCUCCGCAUCGCAGCAGCAUAUCUUCGAUAUGGAUCUGCUGGAAUCGGGAGUCUCUACAAGCGUGCCUGAUUUGGUGGAUGAUUAUUUCAGCUCUUCCUCGCUCAUUCCCGCUAGUCAGCUAGAAUAUGAGCAUAUGCAUAUGCAUAUGCAACAUCAGCAGCAGAGUAUGCUACCGGGGCAGCACCACGAGGGCGAAAUCAUCUCAUCGUUACAGACGGAGGCAACAAACGAGCUACGAUUGUCUCGGCACGUUUACUCCACGGAACAGAUCUCGCCCGCACAUACCGAUACGCAUCAGCUGCACCAGCAUCAACAGCAGCAACACCAGCAGCUGGGAUCAAUGUCGACCGUGGCUGAAUUUCAGUGCCUUCCGAACGAUACGUUAAGUCCUGCCGAUCUAAUUAACAUCUCUCUCGGUGCGAGCGAUGUAAACAUUUCGUUUGAAACGGGAUUUGGUGAUGCGGCAGUAGUUGGUGGCUUAUCCGAUGGUAACCAUAGCCUAUUGAGCUACGAAAGAGGUACGGAUGAUAUAGAUGGAGCAUUCGGUGAUGGCGCUGGAUUCGAUCUUCUGGCAACGACCCACGCAGUGAACGAAAAUGACGGUCCGGCCGAGAAAAUGCACAGUCGGUUUUCAUCCUCAUCUGAUUCGCUGAUCACACUAAAUGACACCGGUCUCGGAGCUGCUAACGCAACACCGACACCGCCCUCGAUGGGCAUUGCAAGUAACGUUGGGCUAGAGGGGGAUGCUGAUAAAAAGUACAUCUGUGAGGUGUGUUUGCGCAAAUAUAUGACCAAAUCGAAUCUCGACAAGCACGUGCGCAAACACAAUCUGUAUCUGUGCGUGUUUUGCAUGAAACUAUUCCAGCAGGCGGACGAGUUGAAGGAGCACGAGUGUAGCGAACGGAAAUCGAAAACGGCUUACCUGCACUGUCCCAAGUGUUUGAAGGUGUUGUCCAAUUCUUGGUCACUGCAAAGGCACAUGAAAAUACACAAAGAUCUCACGCAGGAUGAACACCCAACCAUUGGAACAAACAGUGGACCUGUUGAACAAUUGGAAAAACUGACUGGAGAUGGUACAAAUGGUUCGAAAGUUUCAAGUGCAUCGUUCGAAGACUUAUCCAGUCCUCUCCCCAAUGAAGAUUUAAAACCAAACAUCGAAGCACUAGAGGGACUCGAAAACGUAUCCCCCCUACGGCUUACUACGGCACAUGGCGACGACAAAGAUGAUAUCCUCGACUCAAAAAUGGGUGUUGCACAUCGUGAAGCGAAUCCUCCAUUACUGACGGAAGCGGAGAUAAAAAAGGAACCCAGCCACGGAACCACGGGCUCGACUCCCGCUUCACCGCUAACCAACGCGCCAAACGUGCCCAAUCUCACAACCAUCAUGCCGAUCACGAACAUGAGCUCCAGCCAAGAUAUGAUCACGAACGUGCAAGCUCCCAACGGAAAGCAACUGUACAAGUGUAUCGUUUGUUCGAAGCUAUUCAAAAAUCCCAACGCUCUCGAAAAACAUCUCCGCAAGGUGCACACAGUUUAUACCGUUUCGAACGACUAUAAAUCGGAAAAGAAGGUACUAAGUCAGUUGAAUCAGAAGAAAACUUCACCUAUAAAACCAGCGAUUGCCAAGGCGCUGGCUACGAAGCUUUCGCAAAAGAGCAAAAAGCAAGAAGAAAUGGCUGCGGCAGCUGCAGCCGCAGCCGCAGCAGCAGCAGCAACUGCGGCAGCAACAACGGUAUCUAAUACCUCUGAACAUACGGAAGAACAUGUUUUGCUGAGAAAUGCUGGUGCAAUGGUAAAGCAACCACAAUACGCAUCAAUUGCAGUAUCAUCAUCAUUGUCCACAGAACAUGGAUCCGCUGGUGGGCAGUUCCGGAUGCACAGUAAAAAGAAGCAUUCGCCCUCAUGUAUCACUGACGGUGGAAGGAACUCCCUGGACAAUGUGUACAACAGCACUGUUCCUCUUGCAGGAGCUCAAAUCGUGGGUAUCAACAGUACGAUCACCGGCGUUAGGAUAACGGAUCCACUGAUACCUACCAACCCUAAUGAGGGGCCACACAGUGAACUUACGGCGAUCCCAAACGGAACAGCCACGUCAACAACCACCUCGUCCGCAGCUGGCAAAUCCCAUAGCAUCAUCAUCAUUUCCAACGUGGAACUUACCAAAAACAAUCUGAUCGAUACUAGUCAACUGUUUCUCAAUCAAAGCAACACACACGGUACCGGCACAGGUAGUAACGGUGGCAUUAACGCUUUAGGAAAUAAAAUCGAUCUGAAAGUAUUAAACUCUACGGACAAACUACCGAAGCUGGUACCGAUCUCCAGCCAUCUUCCUCAGCAUAAUCAGCUGCUUCACCAUUCGCAUCAUCACCAGCAGCAGAACGUUGUGGGUGCGAACUUAGGCGGAACAACUACUUUGCAGUUAACCGGUGCCACCAUUAUGGUUCCUUCGGGUGUGAAUUCUACAGCAGCGUGUCUUAAAAACGAUGUAGUUGGCUUAGCUACCGAAGGUGGCAUUGUUUCCGAUGGUCAUCGGUAUAUUAAUGGUGGCAUCCUUACGACACCUUCCACCUCCACGAUGAUUACGCAAAGCACGGCCCCUGCACGCAUGCUUACACUCUCAAAUGUGUCGGUGGUAGCGUCGAACGAUUCACCGAACAACAGUGUCCUGGAAGAUAUGAACGUUGAUAAUAAACAUCAAAUCGACAAAAUCAACACCUGUCUCAAUCAGGAAGACUUAUCCGACGGUCGUGAAUGUACCUUAACUCCCGACGACGAGUGCAACAUCUCGCAAACAGCGCAAACAUUUCCUUGUGAAGAAUGUGAUCGUGUAUUUACGAAGAACUACCAAUUAAAGCGACAUAUGGAAAUUCAUGACAGUGUGUACUAUACCUGUCCAUACUGUGAUCGUGGCCCGUUAAAGGCAAAGGCAUCGCUACGAAAGCAUCUGUACAAUGUUCAUGCAGAUCGGGCACCACCGAAAGAACAGAUCAACAAAUUCAUCACAACACUCGUGGUGACGGAUGAGAGCGUGCUUCGAGAAUUGGCCAUGAAGAAUGAACGUAAAAUUCGCAACAAAAGUGCCAAACAGCAGGCUAAACUGCUCCAACAACAGCAACUACAACAGCAGCAGCAGCAGCAACAAUCGCCACAGGUACAAGGUAUGGCCACGAUUGACAUCUCAUCACCUGGCGACAACUACGCGUGCCCAUCGCCUGGACCGGCCGGAACAGAUAGUGGCAUGAUCAUGUACGAAAAUGAGCUGUCGGAAUCGGUGCUGAGUGACCAAGUCGAAGAUAUGUUAACGUUCAAAACGAUCUUUCCCACGGAAGAAGGCAGCAUCGGAGACUCGUCUAUGGAUCAGAUCGAUCAUGUGGUGCUGGAAAGUUGCGAUCAAAGCAGUACAUGCAGCAGCAACACCCCGGCAAAUGCGGUAAACAGUGUGCAGGUGAAUGCUCCGAACCACGAGGAAAAGAAACGUAAAGCUGGCACGGAUGGUCGGGAACUUCAACGGCACCAGCAACAUAUGUCAGCCGAAAGGACUGCAACCACAAAUCCUACUGUCGCUGAUGGUAAGCGAAUGAAGAUCGCCGGCUUAACUCCGUGCACUAGCGGAGCUGGUCGUAUUGACCAAGCGAACAGCACCAUUUCCAUUGGUAAUACGAUGGGUGAAUCUUAUGGAGUGCAUUCACACGAGGAAAACAGUCAUAAUAGUAGUCCGAAUGGUCCGGUGAUCAUCCCGUCCUCCAAUGGCACCAGCAAUACGCUACGAUAUUUACGCAAAAAUGCUUUAUCCGCUAUUCCGACCACGAUCGCAAGCACUGCAAUUGAUUUGGUCGGUCCGAGUGGAUCAUCGUCACACGGCAAUGGAAAUCAGCAAAGCCAACAUAGCCACCACUAUCAGCACCAUCAUAGUGCAACUGCGCUGGACGGAAGCGGUCAACUCAACUUAGACAGCCUGUUCGGUAACAUAUCGAUCGACAACUAUGAGUUUGAUGAUAAUGCCACCAUUCAAUCGUUCAGCCUAAUCGAGGAAAAGUUUAAAACAUCGUUCGACCAGAUUCAGGAGAAACUAGAUGCAGAGCUACCAUUUGACGAGGAGCAGAUCAAAUGGCAAAACAAUAUCAUGACAAAUGAUUCGUCUAACGAAAUCGGUGACAAGCUGCUGACCGGCGAAGGAAACAUAAUGCUAAUAUAG